CAUAAUAUAAACACUGACCCGGGCCGGGGCAAAGCUAGAGCGCGUCACCGGCAGGUAGGUGGGGUUUAACGGGGCUGAUUAUUUACGGUACUUUUUUGCAGCAGCAGAGCUCUCCGAGAUGGCAUAAGAGAGUGGCUAUUACUACGGGGGGAGAAAACCUACCGAAUGAAAGACAGAUAGCGUCGUCCCCUCGGCGAUGGCACGACUAGAGUUGUUUUUGUUCACGUCUCUAGCUCGCAUUUCGUCUGGGAAUUCUUCCUUUAUUGGCUAUUCCUGAUCUGUACUCCAACCGACACCUCCAAUUAUGGAUUGCACUGAAGUUCCACCUUUUGUAUUUUUGCGUCAAGACAAUCGGGCGAAAUAAGAGGAAACGAUCAAGGACUGCUGUGAGCUAUUAUCCAUUCCCGGACUGUUCUCCAUAUAUAGACAAGACUCGUUGAGAAAUGCAAGCGUGAACGGAUUUUGGUAGGCUAUUUCGUUUUAAUCCUCGGGUGCAAUAUUCAGGAUAUUCCAUUGGUUUACGCGUAAAGGACAUGGACACAAGGUGUUUUAGCUACCUGUAGUUAGAAUAGAUGCCUUCGUGUUGUCAAGUUUGGCUAUUAACGGCCUGAGAUGAAAUAACGGCAGUUUAGGUGAUUGCUUUUCUCUUUUAGGAAUAGUGAGCUGCUGUAGUUAAGCCCCUUUUUUAUCAGCUGAUCACCUUUAGGGUUUCAGAAAUACCCUUUUGUCCAUUUUGACAACAAACUAAUUUUUUUAAAUUCAAAUGUAUUUCAUAUGAACGCAAGUAACCUAUUCUGAGCUGCUGUGUACAGUUGUAGGCUAUAACUUGGAAACAAAUCUCCCCACCUCACUAGCAAGGUGACAGUAGGAGGAGGAUUGCAGAGUUCUCUGUAACAGAACGACCAUAGCCAUGGCUCUGCCCGAUAACACUCCCAGCAUUCCUUUAGGGGAAGCAGUCAUCUUCCCUGAGAUAGUAGAGCUGAACGUGGGCGGCCAGGUGUACAUCACUCGCUACUCAACCCUCGUCAGCGUACCAGACUCUCUCCUGUGGGAGAUGUUUAGCAGGAAAUCCACCAAAGGUCUGGCGAGGGACACCAAGGGCCGUUUCUUCGUGGACCGGGAUGGUUUCCUGUUCCGGUAUAUUCUGGACUAUAUGAGAGAUCAGCAGCUGGUGCUCCCUGACCACUUCCCAGAGCGGGGUCGCCUGCAGCGGGAGGCCGAGUUCUUCAACCUACCUGAGCUCAUAAAGAUCCUGGCGCCCAAACUCAGCAAGCGGAACUCUCUGGGUGACGAGGGGUGUCAGAGCGACCCGGAGGACUCCUCGCCGGGCAUCGACACCGGGCGCAACCUGGCCUCGCUGGGCACUGCCGCCUGCACCAGUCUGGUCCCCAGUGGAGACGGUAAACGCUCGGGAUUCAUCACCAUCGGUUAUCGCGGCUCCUAUACAUUGGGGCGCGACAGCCAGACCGACGCUAAGUUCAGACGUGUUGCUCGCAUUAUGGUCUGUGGCAAGACGUCGCUGGCAAAAGAGGUGUUUGGGGAGACGCUGAACGAGAGCCGUGACCCGGACCGGCCCCCAGAGCGCUACACGUCACGCUACUACCUCAAAUUCACCUUCCUGGAGCAGGCCUUUGACAAGCUGGCAGACGCCGGGUUUCACAUGGUGGCCUGUAACUCCACGGGGACCUGCGCCUUCGCUCACGAGCAGACGGACGACAAGAUCUGGACCAGCUACACUGAAUACGUGUUUUACCGUGAGUGAGGUCAUCAUCAGCCCUGGUCCCCGGUCCCCCUAGUGGUCCCCAGCAUCCAGCCUCCUCUACCCUCGUCUCCUGGAUCCCCUCGUCUCCCUGUAUCCAGUCCUGGAUCCCCUCGUCUCACUGUAUCCAGCCCUGGGCCCCCUCGUCUCCCUGGAUCCCCUCACCUCCCUGUAUCCAGCCCUGGAUCACCUCGUCUCCCUGGAUCCCCUCGUCUCCCUGGAUCCCCUCGUCUCCCUGUAUCCCGCCCUGGGCCCCCUUGCAUCCAUCAAUUAUUCCCUGCCUCCUGGACCCCAGCCUCCAGCCCCUGCCCCCUGGCUCUUUGGCCCCCUUAGUGCUCCCUAGCCCCCAGCCCUGGAUUCCUGCUUCAAGCACCCCUGGCCCCAAUCUCCAUGGGCCCUGGCCCCCUGCGUCAGGCCCCCCUGCCUCCAACCAGCCGUCCCCUCUCUCCAUAUUUCUCUCUCACCCAUCAGCUGUAAUCUUUACCACCUCUGCGGUCCCCUCUCCUGAUCCAGCUAUAACCCAACCAUUGCCCCAGCACCAAGCCUCAGAGACCCAACCACAGCCCCCCUAACCAUCCUACAGAGACUGCUCCCCCCUCCCCACCCUCCAUGUACUGUCCUUCCUCUUGUAUAUAGUAUCUGCCUUGGUGAAGCACAAUGCUGUGUGUAAAAGAGCUUGUUUAGUCCAGUUCAGGUCCUGCCUGGUCUGUACCUUUAGCAGGCUGGAGGGGCCAAUCGGAAAAGGGCCUAGAUUGAAGUACUAUUUUGUUCUGAAUCUCUCCAACAGACCCUCUUACUCCUCUGAACUAAAAUGGCCAAAUAAUGUGACAUCUAAGCAGCCUAGAGGAAUGAGAGAGAGAGAGUGGCCAGCCGGGCACAAACAAGAGCAAAGUGUCACACAAAACGAAAAGUCUUUCAUUUCCUUCUUCCCCUCUUCUUAUUUUCCUUAUAUGUCUGAGACCAAACUGUUGGGAAAGGGGCCGUUCACGUUUACCAUUCAAAUGGGGUGGCAGGUUGCCUAGUGGUUAGAGUGUAGAGGCGGCAGGUUGCCUAGUGGUUAGAGUGUAGAGGCGGCAGGUUGCCUAGUGGUUAGAGUGUAGAGGCGGCAGGUUGCCUAGUGGUUAGAGUGUAGAGGCGGCAGGUUGCCUAGUGGUUAGAGUGUAGAGGCGGCAGGUUGCCUAGUGGUUAGAGUGUAGAGGCGGCAGGUUGCCUAGUGGUUAGAGUGUAGAGGCGGCAGGUUGCCUAGUGGUUAGAGCGUUGGACUAGUAACAGAAAGGUUGUAAGAUCGAAUCCCCGAGCUGACACGGUGAAUAUCUGUCGUUCUGCCCCUGAACAGGCAGUUAACCCACUGUUCCUAGGCCAUCAUUGAAAAAUAAGAACUUGUUCUUAACUGACUUGUCUAGUUAAAUAAAGGUAAAAUAAAAAAAAUGAUUAUCUUUUUCUUGUAAAGAUAACGCCUCACCUUUUGUUAAGUCUCUGCUUGUGAAGACAACCAGCUUACAUGAUGCCACCUUGUCUCACGAAAAAUAACUCCUUAUAAGGUAAAAGAAGAUCUAUAUGGACCAUCAAUAUCCUCUCGAGCUGUUCAUGUAUAUAUUCUUUAGGACAACCCAGGUAUUUGCAUUCUAGAGGGGAUCCUUAAUGCUAGAAAAACAAUGCUGGGUCUUGUCCGAGAGCCAAAGCUAACAAACAAGGGGAAAAGAUCAAGUUGUGUGUUUGACUGCAAGAAAGAGAAAUAAGUGGUUUUAGUACAGAGUGGUUUUAGUACAGGGUGAGGGUUUGUCGGAAAUGGCACCCUAUCCUCUAUGUAGUGCACUACUUUUGACCAAAGCCCUAUGCAGGCCCUGAUCAAAAGUAGUGCACUACAUGGGGAAUAGGGUGGUUGAAGUGUGUUAUUUGAUUGUUCGAUGAAGUGUUGAGAAUUCUAAUCGCCCAUGGCCCAUGCCUGGAAGACCAGAGGAGAUGUGAAGUGUUACAUCACAAUGUCCACAGAACCUCUCCUACCCAUCCUCGUACUCUUCCUCCUCCUCUCAUCUUGGUUUUUAUACCGCCUCUCUGUUUUUAACUUUCUUCAAACGGUAUCAUUUUUACAGGGAUACGAUUGUUAUUGAAAGCCCACAGCGUUUUGGCUCUUAGCCCUCUUCUGAAACUGGUUUACAUUAAUGAAGGACAAUCCCUUUUCUCAUUGGAGUGUGUUUUUACUCUAUCUAUCCCAAACUCUUCUAUUCAGUUCAGUAUUCCACUUUUAAGCUCUUUGAUAUUUGGUAUCUUUCAUUGACUGUAAUGUGUACACCCAUGAGAAGGAGAGAGGUUUACGCCAUUACCAGCCAAAGAACGACAUUCUCCCAGAACUCUAGCAGCUAAACAACAGUAUAGGAUAGGACAUGGAUUUUGUGCAUAUUUUUGAGGGAAUGUUGUAGUACAGUUGAUUCCUGAUAAGUGCACCUCUUAUAAGUACAAAAUCACUGGUUAGUGCACGUCGUCAGUACAGUCACACCAGUUGUAUUUUAGGAAUUGACUGUAGUAGGACUGAACAGUAAUUGUACCCACAGCAACUAUAACCACAGUAACAGAAGAAAGUGUGUGAAUGGUUAAGUGGUAUGGGGUAAUAUUCAGGUAUACCCUCAGGGCAAGUCUGCAUAUCAACAACAAACUCACAACUUCAACCAACAGUACCUCAGUAGGUCAAAUAAAGCUUGAGAAUCAUCUCCAAUACCAAGAAACACUAAUUAUCUGAAAAGACUAAACUUGUACCAGUAAUAAUCAAUGGAUAAACUAGUAAUAUGACAUGUAAACUAUAUGACUUGUAAAGUACAGAAUAUUCUCCCUGACAAAGAGAAACUCUUGUUAGAGAAACUGCCUUGACGGUUCGGUAGACGGAGUGAUUUUAAUGUGAGUGAAGGUGUGAAGAAGACAUUCUGAAUACCUGACGGAUGAUCAAUCUUUUAUCGGAUAUUGCUAGAGUAUGAUGGCACAUUCUUAGAGUAUGAUGGCACAUUCUUAGAGUAUGAUGGCACAUUCUUAGAGUAUGAUGGCACAUUCUUAGAGUAUGAUGGCACAUUCUUAGAGUAUGAUGGCACAUUCUUAGAGUAUGAUGGCACAUUCUUGUGAUUGCACGUUCUUCGAGUGUGAUGGCACGUUCUUUGAGUGUGAUGGCACGUUCUUUGAGUGUGAUGGCACGUUCUUCGAGUGUGAUGGCACGUUCUUCGAGUGUGAUGGCACGUUCUUCGAGUGUGAUGGCACUUUCUUCGAGUGUGAUGGCACUUUCUUCGAGUGUGAUGGCACUUUCUUCGAGUGUGAUGGCACGUUCUUAGUGUGAUGGCACGUUCUUAGUGUGAUGGCACGUUCUUCGAGUGUGAUGGCACGU